AUGGCGCUCUCUAGAAUCUCCAGACAGGUUGCCAAGAAGGUUCUGGCGGUCGAGACACCAGAGGGCGAUGGUGCCCUCGUCCGCCGAUCAAUUGGCUCCAUGAAACUACGCAAUCUGAGCCCGUUCUUGAUGCUUGACCACUUCCAUGUCAGCAAGGGUGCAGGCUUCCCCGAUCACCCUCACCGGGGGCAGGCUACCGUGACAUACAUGCUGGAAGGGUCUAGUCGACAUGAGGACUCAGCAGGCCACAAAGGUAUCAUAGUCCCAGGAGGCGUGCAGUGGAUGUGUGCAGGACGUGGUAUAAUUCAUGCAGAGAUGCCCGUUCACGAAGCCGGCAGCCCUGAUCCUCGCGGUCUCCAGCUCUGGAUUGACCUGCCCAAGCAAUUCAAGAUGGUCGAGCCUUCGUAUCAGGAACUCGGGCCUACGGAGAUCCCGACCGCGUACCCAGAAGGUCCGGACGGCCCAGUGAAGGUUAAGGUGAUCAGUGGAAAGAGCCAUGGCGUCGAGUCUCCUGUCCGGCCUCUCGGCGGCUGCUGGUAUUUCCACGCCAUCUUCUCGAAGAAGGACGCGACUGUCUUCCAGGAUAUCCCGGCUGGGUGGACCGCGUUCAUCUACACAUUGAAGGGCUCCAUCAAGGUCGGUUCCGAGCCAAUUGUGCACGAACAGUUCUACACGCUUGUGCUCUCCGGAGACGAGACGGAGACUGGUGUACAGAUCACUGCAGUGGACAAAGAUGCCGAAGCCUUGAUUAUCGCGGGGGCGCCACUCGACCAGUCGGUAGUUCAAUAUGGGCCUUUCGUCAUGACCAGUCGAGAAGAGAUUCAGGCAACACUGAUUGACUAUCAACUCGGCAAAAAUGGCUUCGAGAAAGCACACAAGUGGAAGAGCGUCAUCGGUGGCCUGUAA